UAUAUUAUAUCUAUGUAUGCAAGCUAUGCCGUCACCUCGAUCACAGAACAAUAUAGAAAUUACAUUCAAUCAGCUGGGCGGUGUACUGUAUCGUCUGUAACCCGAUCGCAACUCAUCUGUAUACGGAAGUUAAAAACAAAUUAAUAACUCAAAACAGAACAAUAUGGCUUGUAAUAUUGAUCAGUUUUUAGAUCAGAAUACACCGAAUAAUGAAUUAUUAAGAGGAAAAUAUAUGAAAAGUUUUGGUUAUCAUUCUCUAAUGCAUAGAAUGCCAGAUGUAUUUUCUGCAAUGAUUGAUUUAUUAAAAGCCGAACAAUUAAAUGUGACAAACAAAGAAGAAAUAACUGAUGUCAUUAACAAAUUGGAAUUACUACUUUCUGAAAUAUUGAACAAUAAGCCUCUACGAAAAAUUGAUAGUACUUCUACAUUAUCAUUAAUGUGGAAUCAAUUAUUAGAAAAAAAGUUUAACUCAGAUUCUGUUGUAACAUGGUUUGAAACAGAAUGGCUUUUUACCGAGAAUUAUUUGUACAUAAGAAUAAAAGAGAUUUUCGAAAAAACGAAAACGUUGAAAAAUUAUGACCCUUUUAAACAACUGAAGUAUAACGCUUUUAAUGAAUCUGAAACUACUAUGAUAGCUAUAGCAGAAUUUUUAAUUCUCCAAUUUUCAAAGAAAGAAUUGAACAAUAGAAAUUUGCAAACGAUUUUCGUACAAAUGUUAAAGAUUUGUUUGUGGGGAAAUAGAUUUGAUUUAUCUCUUAAUAUUGGAAAAUCAAUAAACAUUACUGAAGAUCCGUUGAAAGCUGUUGUAUCUCUAGAUAAAUAUAUUUUGGCUGAUCAUUCAGAUGAAAUUUGGAACACUUUGAAUGUUUCAAAUGACAAAAAUCCUAAGAUAAUUGAUAUUAUUUUGGAUAAUUCGGCUUAUGAACUAUUUACGGAUAUGUGUUUGGCAGACUUUUUUAUUACUUAUGGAUUUGCUGAAGUCAUUGUUUUUCAUGGAAAAUCUAUUCCUUGGUAUGUGUCAGAUGUAACAAAACCAGAUUUUGAACAGUUUUUAAAUCGCUUAGUAAAAGAAUGUACAUCAAGUUACCUUCAACAAAUUGGAAAUAGAUGGAAUGAUUAUUAUAAAACUGGUAAAUUUGUAAUCAAAUGUGAGGAAUUUUGGACCUUACCUCACUGUUACUCUACAAUGGCCACUGAAGAUUCAGAGUUAUAUAAAAAAUUAGCUUGUUCCCAAUUGUUAAUAUUUAAAGGUGACUUAAACUACAGAAAACUAAUUGGAGAUAUUAAUUGGUUGCCAUUAACUACGUUCAAGUCUGCCUUGUGCCAAUUUCAACCUACAGCUGUAGUAGCUUUACGUACUUUAAAAUGUGACUGUGUAUGUGGCCUCAACUGUGACUAUGAAACUAAAAUUGAUGAAAAUGAUAAAAAUAAUAAUUAUCUUAAUUCCACUAAUUACUGGCAAGUUAAUGGUAAAUAUGCUGUUGUACAUUUGAGUAAAUAGUUGGUAUUUAAUAAAAUAUUCCUAUGUAGUGAAUAUCUAUUGUUUGAGCUUAAACUUUUGCGAGUUAUAACUUAAAUAUUGUUAUGUAAUUACUUGUUAUAUUUUUAAU